AUAAUCACAAGAGGGGAAUUCCCUUUAUAAAAACUUAUACACUGUCAGGAAUAAGUACAAAAAACUGGACCAAAUGAGGAAACUUUAAUAAAAGACUCUGGCAAAUGAGAGAUUGUUGAUUGUUAAAUGAUCUAGAAUAGAAGCAGGAAGUAAAGGACAUAUGUAUAGAAUUUUUGAAUUAGUCAUAUUGUGUAUUUAAGUUUUCUUCCUUUAUUCAAAAACAAUUGUUACCGAGAGAUGGUCGCCUGCAAACGCCGGCAUGAGGAUAUUUUGACUGUAAAUGGUGAUCAUUAUGAAAAAUGUGUGAAAAUGAUGACUUGAUAGAAGCAUGUAAGAGUGGAUAUUGUGAUAAAGUUGUCAAUUUGCUACAAAGAAAUUUUACAGUUCACGUUCGGGAUUCAAAACAAGCUACUCCGCUAUAUUAUAGUUGUUGUCAUGGUUAUUAUGAUAUCAGCCGUGUUUUAAUUCAGUUUGGAAGUGAAAUUAACGCGCGUGUUCAGUGGGGUUCAACAGCCCUCCAUGCAGCUGCUGACCGAGGACACAUUGAUUGUGUAAAACUACUCAUUCACAGUGGUGCUGAUUUAUCAAUACAGAACAACAGAGGGGACACAGCUGUUCAUUUAUGUGCGUACAGAGGAUACAUAGAAAUUGUUAAAGUAUUUAUUCAACACAAUACUAACUUGUUUAUAAAGAACAACAAUGAGAAAACACCAUCUGACGAAGCUGAAGGCAAUAACCAUCACAACACUGCCGAAAUUCUUCGACAAAAUAUGAUUGCAAUUCAAACGAACUUUGGACAUAUAGGAAACCAACAAAUUCGAGAGAUACCUUUACAAGUCAAUCGCUCAUUGCCUUCCAAUGUACAUUCACCCGCGUCUAUGUCGAUCCCGCCUUCAACAUCUCAAAAGAACGACAAUUUUGUGAGAUAUAGUAGUGAUUUAACAGGAUUUACUCGACAGUCUGCACCAAUAACACAUACAGACCUGAAAGCGUAUAACCGACCUAAUAGUCAUCCUUCAGCAAAUCAGUAUAGACCAGAAAACGAUCAGAGGCGAAGCCAGAAGAGUUAUACUGUUAUUCAAAACGGUGGACAGAAUGGACAUUCAUCACCCGAAAAUUUUCGAAACGGCACGUUAAAUAUGAUAGACAAUAAUAGAACACCGCUUCAUGUUCAAGGACGUGUAGCUAUGGAGAGUUUUGCAGAAACUCUACAAAUACAAUUAGUGAAAAAAAUCGAGGAAUGUGAUUCAAAAGAUAAAAUAAUUAAACAAUUGACCGAGACAAUUCAAACACAGAAUAAUAAACUAACAGCAAUAAAUCUCGCAUUUGUGCGAGUAAAAGAAGAAAAUGAGAAACUGAUAAAAAGUAAUGCAAGCGAUAUCAUUGACUCUAGCUCACUCAAUGAACGAAUAUUACAGUGUAAGCACCAGGGUAUAUUAGACGCAUUACAGUUGCUUAAGCAGCGAAAUCAUAGUUUGAGUGGAGAUGAACAUAGUUUACAGUCUUUAAAAGAGGUUUUAAAGUCUAGAAUGUUAACUCAAGCACCACCUACCUCACUGGAUGUCCCUAAUAAAGAAUGGAGAGUGGGGAAAGAUUAUAUUUUGUUAGGAGACAAACCUUUGAACUAUUUCUCUGAUGAAGAUAGAGAUGGGAGUUGCUCUCUAGUGUUUCUUAUAAACCACAAAAAGAAAGAAUACGUUCUGAAGAUGAUGACAAAUCUUAUCAAUCUACAGGCUAAUCAACAUGGAGAGGGACAUAGCAUGGAUAAUUUCUUACUUCAAAAUUUUGGUCCUGAACAUGACAUCCCAAUCCGACUUCCACACCAUCCGAACGUUGUUAAUAUCCGCCAUUUUUAUAUGGGCGCUACCGAUAGAUUUAAGAAAUUCAUGAAUCUAUUGAUUCCAACGAAAAUUGAUGUUCCAAUUGAAAUGGCCAACAGAACUUCAUUUUUGGUCAUGGACAAAUAUCCACAAACAUUAAAAUCUUUCAUGAUACAACAACGAUCAGCAUUUUCAGAGCCAUGUUUUGGACUUAGUGCAAACUUUAUUCUUCAAUUGUUGUAUCAGAUACUAUCUGCAGUUCAUCAUCUCCAGAAAAAUGGUGUUGUUCAUAGAGACAUCAAGGCGGACAAUAUUUUUCUAGACAAUUGCCUACGACCGGUCCUAACUGAUUUUGGAUUUGCUAAGACAUUAACGUAUCCAGAUGGUAGUCCCGUGACACUGACAGAUGGACGACAAGUGUUUGCUGGAAAUAGUCAUGCUUGGGCACCAGAACUGACAAGAUUUAGUAGAGGAGGAUCACCAACCGAUAGAAAUGAAGAAAUGACAACACUCCAGCAAGUUUAUGGCAAGACAGACGCAUACGCAGUUAGCAGGAUGUUUUACGGUUUAAUAAGACCUAUUGGUGAUGGAGACACUUUUCCACAAUCGUCCAUCAGUCGUCCACAUUAUGAAAACUCAGAUAUACCAGAACUUCCUGGGUGUUAUCAAAGAGGUCUGUGUUGGAUUCUACGUAGUUUGGUACUAGAUGAUCCUGUUCAACGCAUUUCGGAAAGAAAAGCAGUGUUGUGUGCUGGGAUGAUGUUGUUUUAUCCCAGGAAUUGUGAGUUAAGGAUCGAAUCAGAUUCUGCAACAUACUGCCAAGCCAGAAUAUUAUCAUUGUUGUCCAUGGCUGACAAAUCACAGAUUAAACCUGUAGGACAAUCAUUAACAAUGGAACAAAGUGUAGAGGCAAUGACUCUUGUGCUUGAAAGCGAUUUUCUUUUUAAUAUAUCUCCAUCAGAAUUCUGGGAAACGUUCCAGUAUCUCAAAAUGAGGGACUUGUUAUGAACUGGACUGUUCAUCUCGGAUAAAUGUUAACAUUAUGUGUAUACCUUUUGUUUGUAAGUCUGGUGUUACUUCUUUGAAUGCAUCUCUUUUAUAUAUUAUGCAAAUGUCUUUCAUGUAAAUUCAAUGUAUGACCUACACGCAGUGUACGUGUCUUGUUAUGAAUAUACAUGUUUUGUGAAAAGAAAUCUUUACGUAAACUCACAAUAUAAAAAAAAGUGUGCUAGACAAUUUUCCUGAUUUUCUGUGUAUGGAAAAGUGCUGUAUAUGAUAUAACAAUUUACGAUAUAGUUCAAUAUCCGUCAUAUUUUUUUAAUUUUCGGGAAAUAGCAGGAAUUGUCUAUUUCAAUUAAACAUCAUAAAAUUAAAAAUGAAAGCACUUUAUCUCUUCCAAGUUUUGAGAACUGGGGUUUAUAUUAAAUUUUAAACUCAAAAUUUUUAUUUGUAUCAUUUCCUCCACAGCAUUGAAGACAGCAACACAUGACACAAGAAACUUAUUGAUACGGCGAUUAUUUAUUUUAUAUAGUGUUUUUGUAUGUUUUUACCAAUAUUUUGGGGUUUUAUUGAAACACAGUUUUAAAGAGGGUAUAUUUAUAAAAUAUUAACAUUGGGUCGACUUAGGAUAUACAUUGGAGCCAGUAGAUCUGAUUCAUGUAUAGUAGAAGACGCUUACCCUGUCUACGCACCCGGUCUCGCUCCUUUUGAAGUUCAUGUGAUUCCCAUUAUUUUUGUUCGUUACCUUGAUUGGUCUCUUCCUAAUCGGGGAGGGUUUAGGAAGUCUUUUAUAUUAAACAGAAUGAAUUAUAAUCCCACUGAGGGCAACAUAUCAAUUUGUAAUGCAAAGAUGUAGUUUUAACAUUGUUGAUCCGAACUCAAGAUGUAAAUAGUACGUACAUUUUCAAUAUACAAAUAGUUUACCAAAUGUACAGGAAAAAAUAUACGCCAAAGAUAAAAUGUCACCAAUAGUUAUUUCUUUAGACACCACAAGUGAAUUAUCUCAAUUCAUAAUUGUUCUUUGUUCUUUGUAUACUAAUUUGUAACUAAGUUAAAAGUGUUCAUAACUCAUUUUGAACAGUAAAAAUGAAAAGAGGAUAUUGGGGAUGCUGUACAUAAGAAAACCAUUGUGGAUUUAGAGUGAAAAGAUGAACCAUGAAUUUAAGGGUUAAACAAAGUACAAAUUUCUUAUAGACUUGAAAGCAGAAUUUGGCAAAUCAAUGACAAAACACAAUGAUUCAUCAAUCACCGAAAAUGUGUUACCACGAAAAUAAAUGAAUCCACAGUAAUACCGGUUUCAGUGCACACGACGGAAUUAUUUUCAUCACACAAACAUUUUGGGAAUCCAAAUAUAUGAUGUAUUUCAAACUAUAUUACAUUUACCAAAAAAUCAAAAGAACAAAAGGCAAUAAAAAACCAUGUGUGGUUCCACAUUACCAAUAUAACACUAAAUAUCGGGUUUUUCCAAGUUUGGAUAUCGGUAUGAUAUUUUGUUUUUUUAUCUGAACUAUGCUAUAUCAUAAUUUCUACCUUUUAACCAUUCAACUGAAAGAACUAUAUAUACAUGCGAUUUAUAUCAUGCAUAUUGUGCAAUAUAGCCUUCGGCGACAUGAGUCUAGUAACUACAUCAUUAUCCUCUUUUCAUUUCAUAACGUCACACUUACAUUUUAAAAAUCUUAAUUUACAAAAAUGUAAAAUCUGCAUGUGGGUAUUUCAGAAUUCAGAAACCGGGGAUUCGGUCCCAUUUUUUGGCAUAAUUAGUCGCCGCUUCACCAAUGAUUCAGGGACUAUAUAUUGGUUUGUCUUUCACCUCUUGUUGGAGUUUCCCAAAAAAAGUUCAUUUUCCCAAAAUAGCCAUUUCUCUCUUUCGGUUUCUAUCAGAGACAAUCUUUUAUAAUUUCAUGCACAACGUUAAACAUGUUUUUUUUUCAUGUUAAAGGUUACAAGAUAUUACAACUAUUUAAACAAACACGUUAAAUGAUUGCUUCAUUAAAAACUUUCAAUUACCACAGUCAUGAUGAACAUAAGAAAAACAAGAUAUUAUAGGACAUGACAAAUUGAUAAGAUGAUAUUCGAAAGUUUUGGUUAAAGAAAUGUAGACAGGUACAAAGGAAAACUUACGAAGGAAUUCUUUUUUAUUGUUAUAGGUGAAAACAAUGUUCACACAAAUGAUACCAAAAAUUUACAAUUACAGUGGCUUCCUUAAAAUUUUAUAAAGUAAAUCCUCUAAGACUUUAGGUGUUAGUUUUUCACAUGGAGGAAAUUUAUUCGUUAGUAUUUAGUUAUGUUUAUGUUAGUGACUUGAAUAGUCUAUAUUAGAUAUAAGUCAUAACUGCUGGUUUCAACAAGCUAGUCAGGUUUUAUUGUUUAUGUUUAUUCGUAUAUAUCAUUUUUAUUAUUUGCAGAAACGUUUAAUGUGUUUAAGUUUGCCAUAUACUGUUCUAUUCGGGACUUACUAGUUAUUCAGUAUGGACCAAACUUGUAACAAGUCAAUUGUCUUUAUUAAAGGUUUAAGAAAUCCAAAAAAUAUAUUUGUGCAAUUAAUGUCAUGGAAUCAUCAAAAUAAAUGAAAGGAAUAAUUA